ACAGUUAAUCAUAAAAUAUCAAAAAAUCAACACACACACACAUACAGUUGUAAAAUACCUAUCAAUUCCAAAUGGCAUCAUCCUUGACCAUGACCGCCUCGGCCUCUGGUGGCGCCGUCGCCGCAAAGCCGGCUGCGGCCACCACCCGUCAUGGCCCGCUGGCUGUAAGGGCCUCGAUGGAAUUGGAGAAGGCGGUGGAGAAGAGGAGCAACACGAGACGGUGCCUCAUGUUGGCCGUGGCCGGCGCAGCAGCAGUGUCAUCCGUCACGAAGGUAGCGAUGGCCGACGAUAAAAACACGUCAACCGGCGACUGGACGGACAUCCCGGAUCUAAGCCCACCGGAGAUUUUCCUAAUCGGGACAUUCGCAGUGUCAGAGUACAACAAACAGAAAAAUGCAUCCUUGAUUUUGGAGUCUAUGUUAAAGGCUGAGACGCAGGUGGUGGAAGAUGAGAAGACGCAGGUGGUUGGUGUGAACUACAGGCUGUUGCUCUCCGCGAGGGAUAAUCUACGGCCAUCCGGCACCUACCAGGCCGUUGUUUACUACCAGUAUGCACAGCCGACAUCCCUACAGCUCAGUUCCUUCGUCGGAAUUUCUCGCUAGCUUUUCCGAUCGCCCGGAUUGUGUAUCGGUUAACAAAGUGUGUGAAAUAACUAUCUCCACACCUUUCCUAGCCUCUGUAUAAGGCUUUUUCAUCAACAAAAGAUAUUUCCCUCUUUCUCUUA